GGGAACACAAAAAAUGCAGGAGUGGAUUCCGCUCUUCGUCAUUUUCUUCAAGAGUCCGUCGCCGGAAACCGAGGCGUCGCAAUGGCUAGAUGAAGCUUCCAACUCUUUGUCUUCAUCCUCCUCCUCGUCUUCUUCUUCUUCUUCUUCCGCCUCAGCGGCAACUCCGAUCAAUCGGAGCUCGUUUGUUUCACUUCUGAAGAAACAAUGCGAUGUAAUCGAUCAGGAUUCAUCUCCGCCUGAAAAGAAGGUUCUGUUCAUUGAGACAUUGCCCAACAUGGUUCAGUCUCGGAUUCUAUCUUUCCUCCUCUUAGAGUAUCGGAGGUUUUGCGUUAGGGAUUUGGUUUGGCUGGCGAGGGAAAUGUUGAGCGGUGUUAAAGAUGUCGAUUUCUGGGUUCAGAGAGCUGCACAGAACCUGCUCGAUGGAAUUCCUGAACCAAAAUUUGAUUGGAUAUCUCGUCUUGAUUUGGAUUCGGCUGAUGACAACAGCACUGCGGAGGAAUUUGACUCUGUGCCUGAUUGGCUAAGUGAGAAGGCUGGUUCUACUGGUACAGUUCUUCCAUGGCUUCCAGUAUCAUUCGACGAUGUACAUUCAGAAAUGCUAGUUGUUGAUUCCUGUAAUGGAAAGGAGAUGAUGAGUCAAGUCAGAGACACUAUGGAAGUAGAUCAUCGAGAUGUCGUGGAUAACAUUGAUCAUACUAUGAAUGUUUCGUUACGGCCUGAUGAUCAUGAAAUGACAGCGAGUUUAAGAUCUCAGAUUACGAGCUUUGAGUCUACUUCUGAGGUUUUAACCUUAUGUGAAGAAAUUCGGAAACUUUGCUUGGACAAGGGUAGGGACUCUUUUAGAGUUUUGGCUUUAAUUGAGCCUUGGAAUGCAGAUGAUGAGACUGCUGCAGUUUUGCUUUCGAAUUUGCAUAGUGGAAGUGAGGAUGAUGAGCUUGGUGGUUGGCCAAGCCAGAUUCUAUGUUCGAUCGUGCUUCCCAAGUUUUUGGCUCUUGAGAAAUCCGCCUCUCGUGUGUUGAUGUCUGCAACAGUCGAGUUUUGUAAGAUCCACCAAAGAGCAGCUGAGUAUGCGUUGGUGUUCCCUUUGAUACUCAGGAAAGAAGGGAUUAACAACUUCAUUUGUGAGGUGGUUUCAAGGGUUCUGAAAGAAUGCUGGCAUUUGGGUCAUAUCUCUGCUUUUUGUCAGAAGUUACUUUGUGGAAGAACAGAAGAGAAGAGGUUUUUGUUCCUUCCCUGCCACCAAAAUCUUAUAUCUGAUGAGCUAACAUGGAAUGAACCACUGUUCAUCAUUAUCCAGAACAUCUUGAUCCAUGACGUCCCUUUAACCCAAGAUUCCGUUGAUUGUCUUGUUUCUAAGGUUCAGGAGAUGGCAGAAGGGUAUUCUAAAUCACUAAAAUUUGGAAACUUCUUGCUACAUUUUAUUGCCAAAUGUGCUCCAAUGCUACAUGCUCAUAAGUAUCCGCUGAUCGAAUCUGUGAAGUGCACUCAUAGUCUAGUUACAAAAUCUAUAAUAUCCAAACUUAACGCUCUGUAGCUCCAGUUUCCUAGACUGUUCUUUGGUAUAUACUUUUCUUCAAUGACGACAUGAGCAUUCAUCUGCGAGUGGAUGAUGGACUGAACAAGAUGUGGUUCUCAAGGGUUUGAUUAGGGGUUAUGAAGGUGUUAACAAGGCUUAUCUCAGUCCAGAUGAGCACUAAACAUUUCUACUUUUGUUGGAAUAACACGGUUGCAGGUAUGAACAGAACACAUGGAUGUGAUUCUACUGAUUAACUAGUAAAUUUGAAUCAGUAUGAUUCAGGCUUGUCUUGUGAAGGAAACGCAAAAUACAAGACCUACUUCCUCUACUAAUGUAAUGGUCAACAUUUGCUUCAUGGUCUGAAUUUGG